UCACCGAUGCUGGAUUUGUUAAUGAAACUUCAGUGGUAUGGGAAUCACUCAUUGAUGUAGAUCAAAGUGCUUCUGAAUUCGUUAAUGCUCAAUUUCGCAAAGGUGAAAUUACUGGUGGCGAUUAUGUUGGAGUGACGGAUGACCAUGAAAUACAUGGAGGUGGAGAUCAAGACUAUGCACUUGCUUUAAGUUUACAACAGCAGGAGGAAGAACGUGAAGCUGAAUUACGCCGCAAACAACAACAGCGGCAACAAGAAGAUCUGCAACGACAGCAAAAGCGGCAAAAUCGCCAGUAUGAUGCUACAUCUCAAGCAUCUACUGUUGUCUUAUUUCAUGAAUUAGAAA